AUGGGAAAUAUGUUUUAUUAUCCUCUCGAGCCAGAGGCAAUAAGCUACCACAGACCGCAGGACUACAAUUCACUCGGUAAACGUAAGUCGGACAUCAAAAAGGACGAAAACGAGAUUGACUUGCUGCACCGAACAUACUGCGCUGAUAUUUUCUCCCAGCGUAAAAACAUCAAUCAAAAACGGAAGAUGUUAACGGAUGUAAGUGAUGAAGAUUACGCUAAGCGCUUCCCGCAAUGGGAGGCGGAAGACAUAGGCGACUACAAGGUCCAAUUUGAGAUUUUUGACUUAAACCGAGAUGGUUUAAUCGACUUCAAAGAAAUGAAUAUGGUGCUUGAUGAAUUCGGGGAAAGCAGCGACGAACAGGACCGAAUAAAAUACUUCAGGCAGAUUGAUCUUGACGAUUCUAAUAGCGUUGACUUUGAAGAGUUUCUGCUUGUGCUGAAUAAACUGCAACAGGCGGCUGGGCUAAACAAAGCAGCCGGCAACAUCGGUAAUAUUGUAACACAAGGUGCUCAUCAAGUUAAAGAAUUAAGGAGGAUGUCCGUUUACAAGCAACUGACAAACGGCUUGUUUUAA